GUUUCAGUAUAAAAACUUCCAAGAACCAGUGUGAGGAAAUGUGCCUUUAAAUCUUAUGGCUGUAGGUGUGUUUUAUAGAGCGGAUCACAAAUGAACACAAUUAUCUGUUUUAUGGCUUUUUAUGAGCAGGGGAGAGGGGACAAAAACGUCCAGCACAGAUGCAAUGUGUAAUAAACGCAUUGCUGUGAGAAAGUAUUUACCCCCUUACAGAAAUCUGCAAUUUUUCAGGGACUGAAUGAAAUACGCUGAAAAAGACACAUUUUAAAUGUAUUCUUGAAUCAAGUUUAUCUAGAUUGCGUAAACAAGUGAUAUUGAAAUCACAGGUUGAAGUUUGAGCUACUUAUUUGAUUCCUCUCAAAGGUUCUUAAUUUUAAGGAAAGUCAAUUUUUACUAUUCUACAGAGAAAAGUGGACCAGAAUUCCUCCGUGGUGAUGGAAAACACUGAUCACAAGCUGGAACAAACAUUUAACUGCAGUUGUUGCUGCCAAAGCAGUUAUUAGGUUCAGGGGGGCAAUUACUUUUUCACAGAGUGAUACAGCAGGUCGACAACUGAGUCCAACACAUCAUGGAGACCAGUUCCAGAAGUCUGGAAUCCAUCCUGGAGGCAGCAAUGCUCAGAUCAGCAGGUGUUGACAGAAACCCGUACCUGGCUGGAGGAUACCUGAUAGGAAGCUCCCUGCUGGGCCUCCUCAUCAUCAUCGGGGUCUUCUGGUACCAUCGCAGCAAUCUCAGCCUUUUUAAAAGAUCCUGCAUCAUGUCCUUCACCUGCCAGGAAAACCGCCUCACGGGUGUUCAAGUCGUCUACAACUCUCUGAUGCUUCUGCUCAUCAUGGAUGCUGUGAAUCUGAUCGUGGGAAUAAUCUUGGGAGCUGCAAUGAUUCAAUUGUCCUGCGAUGUAAUCAACUGUGUUCAUGUAGAAAUCGCAUGGUUCCUGUCCAGGUGGUUUGGAGUGAUUAUUCAUCUUCUGAAUGCCUCAUUGUCCAUCUAUCAUCUGCAUCAGAGUGCAACCUUGGUUCCCAACGUCUACGCAUCGAUUUUUGUACUGAAUGUCAUUGUGGUUUCACUGUAUCUACAUGACACCACAGUGACCCUAUUCAUUUUGGCUGUUUUAAUGUUUCUGUUUGCUCUGGUUGUCAUUGUAACAUCUAUAGUGUCUACUUCGCCCCCGCCUACUGCCACCUUGAAGAAACUGAUCAUGGUUGUUGCCAUGUGCAACUUCCUGGUUGUCUACGCCCCCACUUUCAUUCUUCAGUGCCUCCUUUUCAGCUCACAUGACUAUGACGAGUUAGUGUAUUAUCAAAUUAUUUAUGCGAAUGUUCUGGUUUUCACAAACCUUCACCUCAUUUUCAAUGGAUUUCUGUGCGCUUUAAUCCUGAAGUUGCCUUCUGGAGAAGAACAGGAAGAACAGCAAGAACAGUGGCAACAACAAUGGCAACAACGACAACAACAGUGGCAACAACAACAGCAACAACAGUGGCAACAACAACAGCAACAACAGUUGGGUUUCCCAAAUCCAGGAUACACUGUGUCUACAAAUGUAAAUCAAUAAUGAGCAAAAUUAUGUGUCUGCACCAUAAUAAUCAAUGUGUAUCCCAACCACUGAUAGAUAAUCCAGGAUUGUUUCACUAUUCAUAAUUAUUCCUGUCUUCAUGGACUCUACCUGUUGGACAGAAGGAUGCAGCUCCUACUUCAUUCAUGUAAACCCUGAAAUCAAACAUUAAAAUCACCGUUUCACCCUCUAUGCCUGAUUUAAAAUCCAGUACAAAGCAAGAAGAAAUAUGUGAAUAUUUUCAUAAUGUGCUGACAGCGGAGAGCUGUAUAAAAUGAAGUUGAUGAACUUUUCAAAAUAAAACAUCUGUUCAAUUUGCUUGAUUGUCCAGUUAGUUAAAGGUGGAGGGUACAUCUAAAAUAUGUUAGAAUUCCUGCAAUGUUCAACUGCUUUGGAUGUAAACACCCUCAAAUUAAAGCUGAAAGUCUGCACUUAAA